AUGCGCGACGAGAGCAUUGUAGAGCGCACUCUCCGUGCUGUCAACCAUAUGCGCCUUGCAUUGCUAUCUGGAUACACUACGUAUCGUGAUUUGGGCACUGAAGGCCUGGCUUCCCACGACGCCAGCCUCCGGGACGCAGUCAAUCGGGGCCUCACGCCUGGGCCGCGUCUUUUCGUCGCAACAAGCUGCCUGGCCGCCACCGGUGCUUACGAAAUACGCACGGAAAACUAUGCCAAUGGUCUGAGACUGCCAUCCAUCUGUGAUACUUGUGAUGGCGUCGACGGAGUGCGACGCGCCGUUCGCAGACGGGUGGCCGAUAUCAUCAAACUGUAUGCCGACUACAGGCGCAAUACAUUGCGCGCCCCCUUAUCGGGAGACGCUAUCUUGUUUCCGCCAAUGAAUCGAAACCCAGCUACUGUCAUGUUCACGCAGGACGAAAUGAACGCCAUUGUCGACGAGGCCAGGUCCGCCGGUCUGCCUGUCGCCUGCCACGCGGGCACCGCCAGAGGCAUAACCAUGGCAGCCAAGGCCGGUGUGACAAGCAUUGAGCAUGGCACUGAGGCUAACCGCAGCGCUAUCAACGCCAUGGUCGAAAAUGGCUGCAUCUACGUACCGACGCUCGCCGUCGUCGAGGCCGUAGCCAAGGAAAGACUCCCAGAGGCCCAGGCGAUAGCAAGAGAGGCACAUGCCAUCGGUGUACGCCUCGCGGCUGGGGGCGACACUGGCGCUUUUAACCACGGCCAGGGAGCAAGAGAAAUGGAGCUCCUAAUCGAAGCCGGCAUUCCCGUUGAAGAUGUACUGGAGGCCUGCAUGCUUGGAGGAUGGGAGUCAUGUGGUAGAGACGCAUGCGGAUAUCGCUUUGGCUGGCUUGAAAAGGGCAACCGCGCCGACAUCAUCGCUCUCGAUACCGACCCCCGCAUCGACGAGAAGGCUUUCCGCAAAGUCAGCUUUGUUAUGAAGGACGCACAUGUCUGGAAGCAAAAUUCCAUUCCCGUCGGCUUUAUUGACCGUAUCAUGGACAAGGCUGCUCACUCCGACUCCGUUCUCCGUCUGGAAGCCCGUGCAACUUAA